AUGUUACUAAGACCAGCCAAGCUAUUUUCGCCGCUGCAUCAACUGGGAAAAUACCUGGAAGGCAAGGUAACCGAGUUGGUGCAGCAGCAACCGCCGCCCCAUUCCUCAUUUCAGAUUGCAAGAAAACGAUUCUACCAUGCAUCACCCAACACACAGCUUAUUUCCAAAGCCCAUUACCACUCCAAGACUGUCCCUACAUUGUAUCAUGUUGCAGAGCGUGAACAGCAACGUCUUUUACGAGUUCUUCAAAAGCAGUUUCCUAUUGUCAAGGUGUUUUCUUCACCCACGAUAGUACGGCCCACUGGAUAUCAAUUAUCAUUUGCCAAGAACAUUAGCCAAUCACACAUGCAGCAAUUUCGCACGAUAGUUUCAUCAGGUGCAUCAUCCACAUCGACAUCAUCAGCAGCCGCCGUUGAAGGUGGUUUCGCAGGCUUUGCUGGUGCAGGUGGUGGUGGAUUCUUCCCUCGAGCUCCUAUGGUGGGCUAUGCUAGAACACCCUUUGCGGCCCGACAAUUCUCCACCGCCCGUUCACCCUGUGUUACUAUGUUCCAGCAAUCCACCGCCAAUACCAAUGGCAUCUCACAUGUCUCACGUUUCUUUUCGCCUGCUGGAUCCAAGAUGUGGGUGCCCAACGUCAACGAUUCACAUGCACGUCCUUCUCCUUCUCCUUCUCUUCAUCAAGAUGAAGAUGGCAAUGGCAAAUCUUCUGGUGCAAACACUGUUCCUUUGUGCAACAACAACAACAACCGCAAGCAACAACAUGAUGAUUUGAAGCAACAACAACAAACUCAACAAUCUUCAGGCCGUCGUUCCACUACUCGUAAGGAUCGCAAACGUCGUCGUAACACCAAUGCUGCACGUCGUUAUCGUUACGAUUAUAUUCAUCACGAUGAUUUGUCAUGUCGCUAUAUGCCUGGCUCCGAAAAGAAAGUAGUGCCAUCCUCCAUACGCCAUCAUUGGCAAACAAGUCAACUCAAAGCACCUCCCGAUUCAGCCGUUGUUUAUCUGUCAAUCAAGUUGGAUGGUGCCUCUUUUUGGGAACAGCAUUUCAGUGAUGAGGAUGAAAGUCAAUUACUUGAUGCUGCCUUUAUUGGAUCAUUGCAUUCGGUAUCCGAGCUAUAUCAGAUGUUCUUGGGACAAGUGGUCGUAUUGCUCAACACGCUUCAAAAAUGUGGUACCUUUGAAUUGGUCGUAUCCGAUGAUCGUGAAUUGCGUGUCAUUUUCCCAUCGUCGCAGUAUUGGCCAGCUGAAGAUCGAAAAAGCAUUGCAUGUCGUUGGUUGGCAGAAAUUGGAAUUGAUCCUACAAGUACUUGUUUUACGAUUGAAGAAAUGGAACCACCAACACCAUCAACGUCAACAUUCACUGGAUCUCACGAUACUACGCCAUCCACAUCACAACAACAACAAGAUUCGGAUGUUCUUGGCCCUGAUUACUUUAAAGGCAUUCAAGCAUUCCUCGACCACGUCGAUGAGAUGAUCGAAUCUGGACCUGCAUUUGGACGGCGUUGA